AUGGGUCAAGCCGAAGCUCUCAAUGUUAUCUCUGCCUUUGCAGCAAGCUUGCGUACAGCGAUUGCCAAGGCCGAAGGGAUGCCCAGAGGCACUCAGCUGCCUGUGAUGCAAUCGAUCUCGUGGCCACAGGAACCGUUGGCCAAGAUCACUCGGCAGCAUGCCUGGCUCGUCAACGAGGUUCAAGAGCAGAUCCUCAACAGUCUCGGACCUGGCAUGCACAUCGUCUCGACGAGCGCAAGAGGCGGCGGACCUUUCGUCGGUAGUGGCAUCGCUAUCAACUACAUCGACGAUGCGGGCAAGGAAACGUACCACGGAGGCAGUCUAUCCGAACCCAAAGAAACCAAUAUCGAUGUCGCCGAGCUCAAAGCUGUACUCAAAACGCUCACGAUCGUUCUCGAUGGUGAAUUGAAAGCACCCACGGUGUCGUGGACGCUUUUCAGCGAGUCCCGCGCCGUUCUGACUGCUCUUCAUAACAUCUUCAAAGAGCUCGAGCAUUCUGAUCAAGGCCCCUCGCUGGCUGCUCACUUCAUCUGCGGCGCCAAGUAUCGAGAGGUGGCAACGGACAGCAGGAUGGUCGAUCAGCUUGCUGAGUCUGCCAUUCGCGGCUAG